GCCUGUACUUCUUGUUUACAAUUGUUUAUUUAGCAAUUAAAUGACGUAGUUGUCCCCGCAACGUUUUAUAAUAGGCAUUAAGUAUGAAAUUUUAACUGUGCCACUUUUCACGCGUCGUGCAUCUCCGUUCGACAUGUAUUUACUCGGGCUGAAUUAAACAUUGCCGUACAGGUUACGUAUAAAUUUUUUUGCCACGGUGAGAAAGUCGAACGUGCAACAUUGGAAAUAAUGAAAUUGUACAAAUUAUUUGCCACUCUUUCGAAUAUGGACACCGAACGUUUUGUCAUAGACAAAUUUCCUGACUGUUAUCUGCAAAUGUGUAACAAAGAACAACAUGAACUUUAAGACUACAUCUUAACAUUGGUCGAAACAGGGAAUAUUCUAAAUUGAAAUUGUUUAACAAUAACGGUUUUUUAUCUUUCUAUUAAGAAGUCUAUCCGUGCACCUAUUGUUAAAAUGUUAUUACUAAUUCUUAAUUGGAAAAGACAUUGUUACAUGGGUACAUUUGUGUCUACCAUCUGAAUGUUAUGUAUAAUGAGUUGCUCAAAGGAACUUUUAGUGGAAUAUUAAACUUGACAGGACGGUGGAUAUUUCCAAUAUUUUAAAACAUGAGACAGUGUUGCUUGAACCACCAAAUCCAGCUAUGGCUUAUGUUUCUUAUCUUUUGCAUUGUGUGCAGCAGAGCAGAUAUUUUAGUAUUUUCUGCAGCUGCAAGGCAUCAGAUCGAGGAAGAAUUUAGAGACAUGCCUGCUAGAUUUGGUGGUUUAAUACCAUCUGAAGGGAUUAAGGGUAUGGUAGUGUACGCAGAUCCACCUACAGCAUGCCAUGAAAUACAGGGUCCUCCAAAUACUACCAAUUACAAUGGUAAUUGGAUAGCUUUAAUUGCUCGCUAUAAUUGUAGUUUUGAAAUAAAAGUUCGAAUGGCACAAAAAGCUGGAUAUGAUGCUGCAAUUAUACACAACGUGAACAGUAACGAAUUAGAUCCGAUGUCAGCAAAGGAUCCUAUAGGGAUUUUGAUACCAUCUGUAUUUGUCAGUGAGAUUACAGGACUAAUUAUUAAAGAAAAUUAUUUAUACGACGAUUUGUAUUUUGUACUCAUUAACGACGAUACACCUUUUAAUAUUACACAUCUACUUCUGCCUUUUGCUAUUGUUGUUGGGAUAUGUUUUCUAGUCAUGGUUAUCUUUAUGGUUGUUAGAUGCAUCAAGGAUAGGAGACGGCAGAGGAGGCAUAGGUUGCCCAAUUCGAGCCUGAAAAAAAUUCCUACGCACAAAUAUACGAAAGGUGACCCGUACGAGACAUGUGCAAUUUGUUUAGACGAUUACAUAGAAGGAGAAAAAUUACGUGUUUUACCUUGUGCUCAUGCUUACCAUACAAAGUGUAUUGACCCCUGGCUGACAAAAAACCGUCGGGUGUGCCCAGUUUGCAAACGGAAAGUCUUCGCCGCGAACGAACAAGUUGUUACUGACGAUAGUGAUUCGGAUGCCGAUGAUACGACACCUUUGUUUCGUGACGGUCACCAAGGCACUCAGGGUGGUACGUUUUCGUUGUUGAGGGAGAGUCCCCUUAGGCGUGCCCUAACAUCACGCUCUAGGAACAGGCAGGAAAGGUACGCUCAGCAUCAUUCGAGCAGCAGCAGCUCCGAUUCCGAGGUAUCCUCCGUUUUGUCCGACGACGGAGCUAGCGUAAGUGCCGGAGAACCGUCUAAUGGAAUAGUUUUCGUGGUUUCGGAUACCCACAGCAUUAACGGCGAGCUGUCGGAGCUGGAAUGUUCUGUGAGCAGCACCAAGCCGCACACUGUGAAUUUGUAUACGGAUGCUCAACAGGUUCCAGCGCCAGUCGUCCAGGUACCCACGAGUCGUAGCGCGCGUGCCGUGGUCAACGCGCACGCGACGAACGCGACCGGGUCCGCUGCACCAGCCGAGAACGACAUCGCGACCGCGAGCACCGCGGAUUCGGAGAGAAACGACGUUUCCGCGUAAGGUCCUGCUGUUAGGUUCAUCUUUUACUACCCUCCGUAAGAUCUCCGUUUGUCUGUCUUGAAUAAGAUCGAUACACGUUACUGCAAGGUAUUACGUUUUAUUUAGACCUGGCAUCGAUUGCUAGAGAUACGCGUAAUCGUGGAACGGAAGAGCAUUUUUGUUUUUUUUUAGUACUACCGAAAGAUACGUUUUUAUUCGGAGGAACGUUCCGGGCGAGAAGCUGUCGAGGAGAGUCUAUUAUAAAAAGAUUGAUCUCUUCGUCUCGCGUUCAUUGGCUCUUCAAGCAUUUCUUUUCACGUCGUUUGUUUUAUAUUAUGGAAGUAAAUGGAAUUCUGUUACAGAGAACGAUCGGCCGUUGUUUUAUUCAUAAGGAUCACUGUUAACCCAAUCAGCUUACUUUCAUUAAAGAUCGCUUCGAACGCAUGAGAAACUGUUACUUGAUAGUUAAGACUGCGAAUUAUUUUCUAGGCAUGUAGCCGGCCGACGUAAUGCUUCGAGCACUGAGAAGCCUGUUCGAAAUGUUAUUUCACUCGGUCCCGGUAUUCACAGCUACUUAUGGCCUACGUAUUUUAUGUUUGCACACAAUUACUCGUUUCGCAUACAGUUAUCUUCCCUUUAUUCAGUUACCAGUGUAAUAAAUACAGUUCUGUUUUUUUCUUUUCUC